AUGGGAACUUGUGCCAGUAGAAAAAACCCAGGAACGCUAUAAAGAAGUGUUGCUUAAAAACACAUUGAGAUUGAUUUCGAAAAGCUUUUGAAAUAUAAUAAAGAGAGGGAAGGUAAAGAAGGAAAAGAACAUCUUCAGCAAUAACAAUCAUUUUGUUAAAUAUUUCUUCAAGACAACAAAUAGAAUGCCCCAUAUUCUUUAACCUAAAAUUUGGGACCAUCCACUUAAUUAGAAUAUAAAAGAUAGUGA